UGUCUGAGAGCUCUUCAGAAAACUCUCGAACUCUUUGCCACCUACAGCUUCACCUUCUUCUCUUUCUCUCAGGAAAUCCAAAGAACUCAUUCAACAAACUAAGAACCUAAAAUAUGCUCAAUUUAGUGAACAAAUGGGUGCUUUUGGUUCUGUUAAUCUCGUUUCUUUUCUCUCUGAGAACCCCGAGAAAAGGUACCCAAAGAGAGGAGAUCGAAACGCACCCAGUCUUUUCAGUCUUUCUGCAAACUCAAGAAGGCAAUUCUUUGGGGCCAAAUCCUGGCCUAGAGUAUGACCAUUACAGAGACUCGUGUCCUGAAGCUGAGAAAAUUGUGAGGUCAAUAAUGUCCAGGCUUUAUGCUAAGCAGAAAGAUGUCCCUGCCGCUCUCUUGCGCCUCUUUUUCCACGACUGUUUCAUCAGGGGUUGUGAUGCUUCAUUGUUCUUGGAUGACAGCCAUGGCAAUAUGAACUAUUCCAUAGAGAGGCGGGCUGUUCCCCAUAGCACCCUGAAGGGUUUUGAUAAAAUUGAUCUGAUUAAGGCAGAGCUUGAAAAGGCUUGUCCUGGGGUGGUUUCUUGCGCUGACACACUAGCACUUGCCACCAGAGAUGGCAUUCUUCUGCAAGGUGGCCCAUACUAUCCAGUGUUUACAGGCAGGAGAGACAGUAGUGAAUCAUACUUUCAGGAAGCUACGGCCGAGAUUCCAAAACCUGACGGCAAUCUUUCCGAGACACUUCAUUUGUUCUCUCUCAGAGGCUUCAAUGAAAGAGAAACAGUCAGUCUUUUAGGCUCUCACAACAUUGGAAAAAUAAGCUGUCACUUCAUUCAAGACCGCCUCUACAACUUUACAGGGACAGGCCAACCGGACCCAACUAUUGCUGCUGAUUUUCUGAAUGAACUGAGACUGCAUUGCCCGGCCAACAACAACAGCAGCAGAGUUAACGAUUCUGCGAUUUCAUCCGGAUCAGAUUUCGACACACACUAUUUUCGGAGCUUGCUGAGAGGGAGAGGACUACUCUUUGUUGAUCAGCAAUUGAUGGCUGAUGAGAAAACUGCAAGCCUGGUAAAGGCUUAUGCAUCAGGCGAUGGAACAGUCUUCAGAAUGGACUUUGCCAGGGCCAUGGUUAAGAUGUCAAACCUUGGUGUUCUGUCAGGAUCUCAAGGUCAGGUCAGGAUUAACUGUUCCUUGCCUGCUGAAAAUUCCUGAUGGUUUCAGAACCCCAACCACUAUAAACUCUUAAGAAAAAUCUCUUUUCAUUCUUUCAUUAGCUGAAUAUUUUAUGUGUUAGUUCAGCUUUAUGUUGAACCAGACAGGUUCAUUUGCACACAAAUAUAAGCAGGAUUUGCCAUUAAUCUCCGUUUGUUGGCUUUAAUGCUUGAUUCUGGAAGUUAGAAUUGUAAUGAAAUUUCCCAGGGAGAAAUUCUCACCAUGACUCAUUUAAUAAAUUUUCCUAGACAAACAA